AUGGAUCAUCAGGACACGCAAAAGCCUACUUCAAAUACCGUCGCAGUUGCUGAUGUAUCUCCAAAUUCCGAAUUGCUCGCAGCAGAACCUCAGAUUGGGAGAAUCGUUUGGAACAAAAUUAGCAGACCGGCUCAUGGCCCUGGAUGGAGCUCCAUCCCACCAGAGAGGCAGGUCGCGGUUGAUAUAGAUUGGGUACUUCAGCCAGUUACUCAAGAUUUGGAUAACCAGGCCAAACGUGUCGCAGUACUGGCCAAGUGGUACUUGGUGGCCAGUACAAACAAGCAUCACCGGUUGCCACUCCCUGUUGCAAUUCAAAGAAAUAGCAUUGAGUACUCAUCUAGUACGUCAUACGACCAUUGGACCCCGAUUUCCCCCGGUGAAGACAUUCUAUUGGAAAUCCAUUGGACCGACGACGUUGACCCUCAUGAAUCGAACGACCCAGGAUUGCGCCUCCAGAUCCGUUGGUGCACUGCAAACGGAAUCAAAAAUGAGGAUGGCGUUCGCCCGUGGCAGGAGGCAUGGCGAGGUCAAUAUAUAGAGGGCGACGACGUCUUAUUUGACGAAUCUGCAGGCUGGAUUCCAAAGUCGGCCGUCGACCCUUUGAGCAUGGAAGGACAAAAGCCAGGAGCCAUUCUCUUAGUUAUGCGCACCCCGGAAUUUAUCAGGGAUUCUGAAGGCACCCAGUUCAAGAAAGUCGAGAAUAUGCAAGUGGGGGAUUUCGUCAAAAUUGUAUCUCAUUCCGGGAAUGAAUGUCAGGUGCUAAAUUUGAGGACUGGCGCGAAAGGGGUCGUUCCAUGGAACACAUUUCUGGCGGUUGGCGAGCGGGAAGUUUGCGUAUGUUUCAGGCAGAGGUGUCGCUGUGUGUAUCUUGAGUAA